AUGGAUUUCAAACGUAAUAGUGUGAUUGCUUUAUAUUUAGAAGGAAAAUCACAACCAGCGAUUGUUCGUGAGCUCAAUCACCAUCAACUGAAUAAAGUUUUUGUUAAUCGCACCAUAACUCGUUACAAUAAUACUAGUAGCAUUGCAAAACGUCAUGGAGGUGGUCAUCAAAAGACUGCAACGUCACGUGAGAUGGUUCAAAAGGUAAAGAAGCGACUUGAGCGAAAUCCCCGACAAAGUGCUAAUCAAAUGGCAAAAGAACUUCAAAUAUCCAAGUGUAGCAUCCGCCGCAUACUGAAAAAUAAUCUCAAGGUCAAGCCUUACAAGAUCCAAAAGGUGCAUGAUCUCACACCGAAGCAGCAACAAGUUAGACUUGAGAGAGCGAAGGAGUUGCUUCGCUUCGCCGAAAGCGGUCAAUUUCCGAACAUUAUGUUUUCUGUGGAGAAAAUUUUUCCAAUUAAGCAAUUAGUAAACUCUCAAAACGAUAGUGUUUACUUGACCGACCGUUCAUACGAGAAUUUGAGUCAUCGAUUGGCCACCAGCAGACAGCACCCGAAACAGAUAAUGGUUUGGGCCGCUGUGACCGCAGAUGGGCGCUCUCCAAUCGUUUUCAUCGAGCCUGGCGUCAAGGUAAAUGCCAAAUAUUAUCGAGAAGAUAUUCUGGAAGUUGUUUGA